GGAGAGACAGAGAGAGAGAAAGGGAGAGACAGAGAGAGAGGUCUGACUGCCUUGCAUAACACACGUUGGAGCAGCUUUGCACGCAGGACUUCAUGUGAUUCUUCAACCAGGGGGACUUCCUCUAUCGCUGGCUCAUCACAGAGCCUUACGGCUGGGUGUACAUGUUCACCCUCUCUCCCGGACGGACCCUGCCUGGAGCCUGGAGGAAAACAGGGCUGGAGCAGAAAAAUGACUGGCUCUGAAAAAUAGACCUGCACAAAGGAGACGUAGAGAAAAAGGAUUUCCCUAUAGGAAUACGUAGUGUAGAAGCUACACAGGCAAGAGGAAGCCUGACAAUGCUCUGCCAGCUGUGGCUGUGUACAGCCUGAUUUAGAGCUGGCGGACGUUGUGGAGGCCGGUGGUUAGUCAGAGAUGAUUCCUCAUGAAGUCCAUGGAGCCAUCCUCUCUGUCGCCUGGCAGACGUCCCUCUGCCCUCUCUAGACUACUGAGUCCAGGACACACAGUCACACAGUGAAGACCUGAAAGAGACCUGAUAGAGCCCACGACAACACUGACAGAGAGAGAGAUGUUUCCCAUGCCAAUAAAGCCCUUAAAUUGAAUUGAAAUUGAGAGAGAAACAGAGAUAGGGACAAAGAGAGAGAGAAACAGUAGGUUCACAAAACCUACUUGAGAGACAAACAAAGCGUUAAAACCAACCAUGAAAUCCAACCAGGAGAGGAGGCAUGGCUGUCUACCUCCAAAGAAGCGUGAGAUCCUAGCCCUGGAGCAGAAGCCUGUGGUGGUAACAGCAGCAGCUGAGAUCCUGGCUCUGGAGCAGAGGCCUGUGGUGGUACCAGCAGCAGCUGCAGCCUCAGCAGACACUACCUUACACACAGAGAACCUGGCUUGGCUGGCUAAUGUAGCCAGCGAACGCUGCAGAUCCACAGAAACUCCCAGCCCCAGGUUUCAUGUCUCAUCGUCCUCCUCUUCAUCCCCCUCCCCUUCUGCUACCUCUCUGUCUACGAUCCCCCUGUCCUCUCUCUCCACUGUCUACCCCACUGGGGUGGGGCUCAGCCAACAGGGCGGGACAAUCCAGUACGCCCAGCUGGCCCCUAACCUCCAGUUCAUUAGCUCGGGGCCGUACACUGGCUACAUCUCCUCUCAGAUCAUCCAGUCCCCUGCCACCAGUGUAGCCACCUCCACAGGGCAACAGCGCCACCAUCUGGAUGGCCACUGCUACACCGCCGCCCUCAUCUCCCAGGCCACCAAGGUUUGUGACCAUCAGAACCAGCUCCAGAUAGGGCUGCCGUCUGACCUGGCUGUGUCCGUUGGAGGGUCUACCGUCUCCCUGCCGACCUCCACCCACUUCACCAGUACCCACCAGUACAUCCAGCUGGACAGCAGCAGCCCUCUGAGCGUCCCCUCCCCUACCCAGGUCCACCUCCAGCCUCUCCAGCUCCACACCCACCCUGGGGUGGGCCUC